AGAAAGCGUUUGCUCAACAGUUCGGUCACUUCACUCCUAAAUCUUAAAUCAAAACAGAACAGAUAUAUACGACACACAACGAGAAAUUGGAACCAUAUAUAGAUCGUUUAAAGCUGUAUUUCUUUUUUUUUUUUAAUCUAAAUUUUCCACAAAACUUUGGCUAAGAUGAGCACUGAACCGAAUGGUGAACCUUGUGACAAGGAGGCAGUGAAAGUCGCGGAUCACAAUAGGUUGACUUUGGACCUGGCUUUGGCCAAUGUUGUGGAUCUGGCCCGUCGUCUGAACUUGACCAGCGUGGAGGGUUAUGAAUGCUUGGAGAUGGAAGAACCGGAUGGUCAUAAGUCAGGAGAUGACACCGAGCGUGCUCCGUCUGUGCAGACUGGGUGUGGAAGACCUUCUCCGAAACAAAAGCCUGGAUCCGUAGGCCAACGUGCCACGCCCAAGGGUUCCCGAUUCCGCAAGACGGAGGCGCACUCCCGGACACCACGUGGCGUCCAGUGUUUGACCGCCCAUCUGCCGGUUCCACCGCCACCACCACCACCCUCUCCUCGAUCCCCACAGGCCCGGGGACUUUGUUUGGCCCUGGAGCGGUCCGAGGACAUCUUGAUACAGUAUGGCAAAACGGACGAACUGCUGGAGAAACUACUUUAUGAGGCCAAGGCCAUCGAUCGCCAGGUGAUCCUCCAGAAUCGGUUGCAACGGGAUGUGGAGAUGAUCCGCAGCCUGGAGUCGGAGUUCAGUGGGAGAUCCAUGUUAUAUUUAACCGAGGCCAUUCGAGCCGACUGCGAGAGUCUGCAUGUCAAGGAGCUCCGGCAACGAUGCAUUGGCACUUUGAAACGCCACGAGGAACGGCUCAUGGAGCUGGAACUGGACUUCGAAAAGGCUCAGGACGAUGGCAACGGCAAGGGCACCCAAACCGAUGUCUAUGCAUAUCAGGAUAUAAUCGUGCCAACACUGGUCGAAUUCGACUUGCUAACGGAUGAGCAGGAACCAGGACUCGAAGCAUGUAAAGGAAGCAAAUCGGGAGCAGGAGAUGGCCACCACGGGCAGCAGAAAAUCCAGGAUGAAAAUCAUUGCAAUAAAGAUAGCUAGUGUGUAAAACUAAUGAAUACAUUUAUCGUAAAUCGCUAGACAUAAACGUCCUUUUAAAACAUACUAAGCUAAAUUAAAAUAAACCAAAUUAAACUAAACCA